AUGCCUCGUACGUGCUCCCUCACCCUCAAUUGGCCGACCCGCUCCCUCUCCGCUCCCUCUCCGCUCACACGACGCCCCUCCCUUCUAGUCCCGCCCGAGGUCGAGGCAUCCUACACCCUCGUCAUCGAUGAUAUCCUGGCCCACAGCGACCUGAACACCGUCUCCGCCAAGCGGAUCCGCAAGGGCCUGCAAGCGCGCGUAGACCACGACAUAACCCCCGAGAAGGACGCCAUCACCGACCUCAUCCUCGCGCGCUUCGACAAGGUCAACUCGGAGCGCAACGGCGUGGCCGCUGACAACGCCGUCACGGGGACCAUCGAGCCCGUGCCCGCCGCCGCGGCGCCUGCGACCAACGGCUCGGCACGAGACAACGGCUCCGGCACAUCCACCCCGGCCUCGUCCAAGAAGAGGCCGGACCCUGACGAGAACGUCAAUGGUUCUGAUGUUUCGGACCUUGCCUCCACCCCGCCCAAGAAGAAGCACAAGAAAAGCACGUCUGUAGAGGAUGACGCCGCCUUUGCUGCCAGGUUACAAGCCGAGGAAAACGGGCGCGCCAGGUCGACUCGUGGCGGUGGUGCGUCCAGGCGGAAGGCCCCCACCAAGAAGAAGGGCGAGUCUCGUAAGAAGAAGAGCAAGACCAAGAUAAACUCCGAUGAUGAUAGCGAUCUCGCCAGUGGUAGUGAAUCCAAGAAGGAGCCGAAGCGGAACGGGGGCUUCCACAAACCGAUGAUACUUUCCGCACCCUUGUCCGAGCUUCUUGGUGAGACCCAGCUGUCACGUCCGCAGUGUGUCAAGAAAAUCUGGGAAUACGUCAAAGAAAGGGAUCUCCAGGAUCCCAAUGACAAACGCCAGAUUCGCUGCGACGAGCCAAUGCGUGCUGUCUUCAAACAGGACCGCGUCCACAUGUUCACCAUGAACAAGAUCCUGAAUCAGAAUCUUUACGCCACCGACGAGUGA